AAAGAAAAGGUCUAUCAGCAGGAAAAGAAAACCCACAGGAAGGCUGGAAACCGCCAUUGCAGGGGCUACAAAUACAGGAAACCACUCACCCUCUCUCCCACUUCCUCGCCCUCCAACCUCUCCUGAUCUCCUCCUCUGGUCCGCAUAGAGGAGCAGCUUGCCAGCCAAGGACACCGGAGCACGGGCACGGGCGCACGGCCAGCGCGAACCUCCUCCCCUCCCCUCUUCUUCCGUUUCCAACAGCGAGGCAUAGUGGAGAAGGCGAGGAGCAUGGCGCGCAAACUAGAGAUCCCCCAGUGGAAGCACGACGGCCUUCCGUCGCCGACGAGCCCGCUGGACCGCGCGUCGCCCCGUGGGUGGCGCCACCGCGACGCCGUCGGAGGCGUCGGGCUCGGGAUCCUGGCGGCGCUGGAGGCCGAGGGCCCGCUGCCCGGCGCCGGCGCCGCCGCCGCGCCGCGGGUGUCCAUCCCGCGGCGCGCGGCGCGGCUGGAGGUAUCGGAGCUCGCGUGCAGCGGGCGGUGCGCCACCAGUCUGUGCGGCGGCCCGGUGUCCGGCCGGGCCGGCGGCGGCGGUGGAGCGGCGUUCCGCGUGGCGGAGUUCCUCUCGUGCUGCGACAUGUGCCGCCGGGCGCUGGACGGGAAGGACGUCUUCAUGUACCGCGGGGAGCGCGCCUUCUGCAGCAUGGAGUGCCGGUACCACGCCAUCGUGAGCGACGAGUUCCGGGAGGCGGAGGAGGAGAAGGAGCGGAAGCGCCGCGCGGCGGCCGCCGACGUGCCCAGGAAGUCGGCCGCUGAGAUGGUGGCCGGCUCGCCGUGCAGCGGCGGCGGGCAGAUCUUCUUCACCACCGGCAUCGUCGUCGCAUGAUGGGCGCGCGGUGCGGAUCCGUCGUUCCGUCUAGUCUAGUGACGAAACAAAAAAAAAAUCCAGCUGGAGGAACCGGCGGACGCUGUAAGAUAAACAUGACAAAACUAAAAAAAAAGGAAGCACGAGAAAUAAGGGUGGGUGUGUUUGUGUAGAGAAAUGGGUGGGUGGGGGAAACUUUGUUCCUCCUCUCCUCCUCUUUGGUAGAGGAGGCAUCAUGAGGAUGGUGGGCGGGAUGAGAUGUUUUGUAGCAUAGUAGCAGGAGGGAAGGAGAGGGAUGAUGGCAAGUUUUCCAAGGAUUGUUGCUUCCCUUUUGUUUUCUCAUCUGUCUGCUCUGGCAAAAAGGAAUAACAUUCUUGUUCAAAUCCA